AGACGAUGCCAUUGGAUGUCUUUAACGUUCCAACCCUAAUAGUAAUCUCUCUCGUUCGAACCAAACAGAGAACCAAGUCAUCUUCCUACAAGCCAGUUUACUGUAGCAACUAGCAAUGGCAAAAGGUGAUGAUGCUGUGAGAAGGAAGAAGAACAAAGCCAUAUGCAAAAAGCUCAGAAGAAAGAAUGACUCUUCCACUGUCUCUGCCAAGGCAGCUGCUGCUAUUGCCGCCAAGAAGCGCCGCAAGGCCGGUAAACGCCGCAUGUGCCAGGGAAUGUGCUUUAGUCUGCCUUCUCCUGAUGAUCCAUUCAAUGAUCAUCAUGGGAAAGAGAAAUUUAAAAGAAAAGCUCCUGGAAAGAAAAAACUCACCACAAAAGAAAAGGUUCCCCAUAGAGAGGAGAGUGCAACUAAAAGGGAAAACACAUUUGGUGGGAAUAUUUCUAAGAAAUCAAUUUGUUUGCAAGUGGAAAAUCAGCCUGUCAUUGAGGUGACCGACAUGGCUGACCGUUGUGGUGGUGUGCAACAACGAAAAUGUGAAUUGUCAGAGUUGCCUUCUAAGUUUGUCUUUUUGUGUCUAAGUUCAAUUGAAAAUGCAUUGCACCAUGGUGAUGCCUAUUCUGAUGGAGAGGAUAACAUUUUGUCUGUUGACACAUGGGGAUUAGAGUUUCUAAAGUGUUAUUCUACAGGGAAAGAUCUGAUAGAAACCAGUGGAAUCUCUGCCACUACUGAGCAAGUUGCAUGGAUUGUUUCUGGUGUAGCUGAUACAUUUGUGAGAAAAGAGAAGCAAGGCUUAUCUUUUGCCAGUCCUUUCCUUUUAUUCCUUGUACCUUCCCAAGAAAAAGCUUUACAGGUCAGAACAGUGUGCAAGCCUUUGAAAUCACUAGGAAUACAUACUGUGAGUAUUCAUUCAGGUGCUACCUUAGAUCAUCAAAUUCAAGGGUUGAAAAGUUGUGAACCUGAGUUUCUUGUUUCUACUCCAGAGAGAUUAAUGGAGCUUCUAUCAUUGAAGGCCAUUGACAUAUCUGAUGUCUCCAUAUUGGUUGUUGAUGGGCUUAAUACUGUUUGUACUGCUGGUUUCGCUGAUACUAUUAAAUCCAUCAAGUCAUUUAUUUCCAGCGAUCCUCGUGUUUUGGUUUUCAAUGAUUCCUUUAACCAUAUGUCUAUCCCAAUGGUUCGGCAUCUUCUAAAUGGGUCAAUCUGUAGACUCUCACUCAGUAAUACAAUUACCAGCCUAAGUUCAUGCAUUAUCCAGUCUGUCCGGGUGUGCACAUCAGAUGAAGAUAAGCUUCUUAGGAGCACUGAAGCCCUUGAUCAAUUUCGGAGCAGCUGUUCUCAUAAUUCAAACAUGCUAUAUAUCUUAAGGAAAGACAUCAAGUGUAAUAAGUUGGUAAAAACUCUCAAAGGAAGGGGUUGUUGCAUUUCACUUGAUUCUAAUACUGCAAGCUCUAAUGACAGAGUGGAUUCAAACAGCAGAUCAGGACCAGUGGUUUCUGCAAUAGAUUUGGAGCAUCUCUCCACUGCAGAGAUAGGGCGGUAUGAUGUUGUAGUCUUACCUAGUUUUGUACCAUCCAUUGACACUUACAUCCAUAUUUUGACAAAGAUGGCGCGCGAAAGUGUCAAUGGUGUUCUGCACAGUUUCUUGACAGCAGAAGACGGAGAACUAGCUGGACAGCUCAUCGGCAUUCUUGAACAAUGUGAGCAGGAAGUACCUGAAACCUUGCAAGAUCUGCAUCAUAAAUCAGAGAUGAAAGAAUGAAUGUUGAAGGAGCUUUGGUCAAUUAUUUCCUUAUUUUCAUUUCAUCUCUGCAAUUGCAAUUGCAAGAUGAGAGCAUGCCCUUUCUUGGGGAACUAUAAGCCUGCUACUCUUGGAAGCCAUGCUGGCCUUGGAUAUCCAUCAUGCCUUUUGGUGGCAUAAUAUGAUAGAGAGCCUCAAUAAUCGGCAAGAACUGCAGUAUUAUGCCCCUUUCUCUUUGGAUUCUGACUUGAGUAGUGCAGGUUCAAAUUUUGAUAUAUGUGACCACCUUUGCAGAAUUUUGGUUAAGCUGUAAUGUUGUAUCGUUAAUAGAACAUUUUUAGUUUAUUUAAUUUCUUUUUUGUAUGAGGAUAUUCUUUUGAAGUUUUGUAUCGGCAGUUAUUCCCGGGGACUCGCCAAAAGAAAAAGUGAAAAACACUUCCUUCAUCUGAUCGUGGGAAACUUUUUGUAUCGAUUUUAUUGCCUCUACCAGAAAAUUUGGAGAA